AUGCGCACGCCGGGGCGCCCGCUGCUCCUGGCGCUGCUGCUGCUGCUGCUGCUGGGCGCGGCGGGGGGCCGGGGACGCGCGCAGCCCCGGGGCCCCGCCGACCGCCAGACGCUGCUGCGCUUGCUGCUGGAGCUGGUCCAGGAGCUGAAGCAGUUCCACGCGGGCGACACGAAGAGGCUACAGCUCCUGGCUGAGCCCGACUUCGCCCUGGGCCGCAGGGAGGCCACGGACUACGGGGCCGACCCCGAGGAGCAGAGAGUCGAAAUUGUUCCUCGAGACCUGAGGAUGAAGGACAAGUUUCUGAAACACCUCACAGGUCCUCUUUAUUUCAGUCCGAAGUGCAGCAAGCACUUUCACAGACUUUACCACAACACGCGAGACUGCACCAUCCCCGCAUACUAUAAAAGAUGUGCCAGGCUUCUGACCCGGCUGGCCAUCAGUCCGAUGUGCAUGGAGGGAUAAGCUGAAAAGAACACACCACCAGGAACCCUGAGAAGUGCCUUGGAAACCAACAGAACAGAACCACCUUUACCCAUCCCCUGUGGACAGAGAUUUAUUUUUGCAGAGACUCUUCCAUAAUUCCUUUGUUUCGUAUGUUGAGUUUGCAAACAUACUCAGUAAAUCAGUGUACCUGACAGCGAUACAUGCCACUCUUAUUUUGAAAAAACUAGGAACACUGCACAAGUGAUGUGUAGUGCUACAAAACAAGAAUAUUCUUUUCCAGAUUAGGUGGAAUCACAAGAUUAUUUCUUUAGAAACACAGAAUCUUAAAAACUGUAUUUUCAUAAAACAUAUAGUAUGAUUUGACAUUUUUCUAUUCCUUAUACGAAUGAACUCCCAGAGUAUUGUUUGGAACUGCAUGAAAAAUUUAAGUGAAAAACAAAACCUCAGUUGUUUUGGAGACAGUGGGUAUAACUGUGUGAAUAUGUCCAACCUAAUCCCAUUUGUCCUUUGUAAAAUCAGUGUAAACUAGCAUUCCAGCUACUGUGCAAUAUGUAAAUACUGUGAAUAAACACAGAUGACUCAGUGAA